AUGCCUCCGCCCGAAUCCCGACCCCUCCUCCUCUCCCAGAACCGCAAGCUUCGUCACCUCCGCGGCAUCUACCUCCGAAACCUCAGCUUCGUCCGACCCCGGGGCCGUACUAUCGACGACACCCUUCUGAAUGCGACGCCCGCCAAGAUCGAAGCUCUUCGCGAUACCCCUCAUCUCCAUCAUGCUCUCUCGAGCGACAACAUCCGCCCCAAGGCGCCGCGGCGCAGGAGCACCGCCCUCGCCCAGGCCAGUCCUCUGACGAGGCAGCGCAUGCUGCAAUUGACCGUCGACGGUAGAGCCGCCGACGUGUUCUUUUCCCUGCACUGCGAGGACGACGAGGAGCCAAUCUACAUCUCCGAGCUGAAGGAGCACGCGACCAACUUCAAUUUUCAAUUCUUCGAUCUCAACCACCAUGGAGCCUCUGUGACCAGAGCACCAGUCUUUACAAUCAAGAUAUGGGCCAAGCGAACCUCUUGGACGCUGCUUCUCGAAGACAUUAUCGACCUCCGAAGCCUACACUUCAUCGGCAGCCUCCAGAACCACAAAUUCCCUCCCAAUGCCCUCAUCUUUCACCUGGCCGACGGUGUGUACUCGCUGGAUGUUUUGGGAAAGCCGGCGCAUCCCAAAGACCUUCCGCCACUCCAUACAUCCUCCUACAAUGCCCUCAUGAAGCUCGCGACGCUCGACAACUCCAUCCAGGAUGCCAUUGCCACCCAGGAACAGAUUACCUCCCAGAUUAACGAUAUACUCGAAACAAUACCCCACGAUGAGGCCCCCGCGGCCGAAGAGAAGGUGAAAUUGGCGCGCAAAUACGUGGCGGCAGAGCAGCGUGCCCUCAAAGCGUCCGAGAAGCGUCGCGAAGAGCUGCGGGAGUCGCUAAAGGCGCGCAGGGACGCCAUUGCCAAUGGGCGUUCCCUCCAGGACAAGGCAGAGAAGGACGUAGCCAACGCGACGGAGCACCUCGCCGCCUCCAAGGCUCUGCUUUCUGACACCCAAGGCCAGAUACGCGGGCAGCGACGUCGCAUAUGCUCCGACCUGGCCCACAUCUAUCAGAUCCUUCCUACACCCUCCGGCGGUCCUCUCAACUUCCAAGUCGCGGGCUUGCCGCUCCCUAAUUCAGAGUACGACACAUCCGCAUCGCGCGGUGCAGAUGAUGAUCUUUUGUCCGCCGCCCUCGGCUACGUUGCAAGCCUCACAGACCACUUGCAGUAUUACCUCUGCGUCCCUCUGCCAUAUCCCAUCACACCCUUUGCCUCGCGCUCCUCCAUCCGAGAUGACAUCUCCCUCCUGACCGACCUCAACUCCGCCCAGGCCGCCAGACAGCGCGACUUUCCCCUCUACAUCCCGCGCGGAGGUUCAACAGCAGCCCACUACCGUUUCGACUACGGCUGGUUCCUCCUCAACAAGAACAUCGAAGCCCUCUGCGCCAGCCAAGGCCUCAAAGUCCCAGACAUACGCCAGACGCUGCCCAACCUCAAAUACCUCCUCUACGUCUGCAGCGCCGGCUCCGACGAGCUUCCCGGCCGCAAGGUAGGCGGCGUUCGCGGCCUCUGGGCUGGCCGCUUUUCAAGACGCACGGCGUCCUCCGUCAGAGGAGGCGACGGGGACACGAGCAGCAUUGGCGACGGAAGUCGGCGCGGUAGCAACGACAGUGAGUACCUCAGCCGCCAACGCGACGAGCUCCGGAAGGCACUGGCUGCGAGGGAUGACGCCGCCUCGCCGGAGCUGCCCUCAUUUUCACCUGCAGGUCUGCCCUUUGACGAGGGACAGAUGAAGUUGUCACUUCGUACCAAGGGUCUGAGAGAAAACGUUGGGACUUGA